AUGAUUGUUGCAGCCCUCCUCCUGGCUCUCCAGACCGAGGCCACUGCGCUCGUCCCGCGCGCGACCGGAGGCUAUGUCCAGAAUCCGUCUGGAACCGCGACGUUCACGCAUUACAGCGGGUGUGGUCAGCCCGCGUGCGGAAGGGCGGCGUCUGGGUACAGCGCAGCAAUCAGCCAGCUCGCGUUUGGCUCGGUUCUGGCCUGGGAGCUGGCGAUUCGUGUGGCCGUUUCGACAUUUGCGAAGACACUGGAGGCGCAGCAGCCUUUUUCCCUUCCGGACGAGGCGCACUUCUGGGCACAUUCGAGGAAGUCAGCUGCAGCGAGUGGUCUGGCUCUGACGGCAGCCUUUGUGGAAUGGAGGUUGUCUGAGCGGCGAGAACGCGUCCUUUGGCCAAACACCGGUGGUUGCGGAAAUAAGGGGUCUGCACCCGGAUUCACUGGCGCCAAUGUGGUUGCUGCAAACCCCGCACCACCACCGGCGGCACCCCCCGCAGCAAAGCCCUCAACGACUUCGACUUCGACCCAACAGGCGGCAAAGCCCACUUUGAAGACGACUGUCAGCAGCAACCGCAGUACAAACAACCCUGACUACUUCCACUCUUGCUAAGACAAUUGCAAACUUGACGAGCUCGACCACUGUCUCCACGACCUCUUCAGCGUCGCGCGCGGGACAAACUGUGUCGCGCCACCAGUGCUCAGCUCACGGCCACCCCAAGCGCGAUCUUUGAUACAUCGCGUCUGAUAAUAGCUGUUCGAUGUAGAAUCGCUCGAUCGCGGCUACACACACUCUUUCCUCGUCACUCUCUUUUAUACCACUACUACACACCUCCAGUAGGCAGCCCUGUCAGCACGUAGACCGUCCUCGUGACAGCCCAUAUGAGCGUUCCUGAAUCACCUGACCGCGUUAGCCCUUGGAGUCUAAACACGAUCAUGAUCGGCCCGUUCAUCCCUCAGCUCCUCCCAUUACUUGUACUUGACCUGUCCCGCCUCCGACGCAUAAUCUGCAGUAUCAAGAAACGAAUCCAGAGGUCAAGGGAUGGCAUGACCAAGGAGCUCCUCCUGUCUUUGACACCAACGUCAUAUCGCCCACUCACCUCCCGACCUGCAUCUGCAACCAGUUACCAAUGACGCCGACAGAAGCUGCAUACUCUCCAAGAGUUAGAUAUUGAAGAACGUCGGAUGGGUAGAAAUCACAUUCAAAGAACGUACCAAUGGCGCAGGAAGGACUGGAUUCGAGAGUUAGCGCGCUCUGCUGAACAACUCGAAAUGACGGCGCUCAUUGCAAUCUCGCUCAAACGCAGGACUAUCUUCAGUCCAACCCCACGGGAACGUUGUCUUCGAUGCCGCUGGUCCAACUCGAACCUGCUCAGAAUCUUCCAGGACGGAGAACAUCGAUGUGCGACUAUUGCGUUGUCGGUCUCACUCUCCUCUAAGAUCUUGUGCAAUCUCGAAAAUGCUCUGAACAAGCGGCCAUGUCGUGGUCAGAUGAAAAGCUCAAAUGCUACCCACAAGAUUCAUCAAUACGGUCCCGGCUUGCUCUCAAAGCGAUACAGAACAGGUAUCAGUUUGCGUGCGCCAGGGCCCUGCUGAUAUUCCAGGAAGAUAUUGGAUGAUCCUUCUGCAAGCUCGCAGAUCAACCCUGUUCCAACUUACGCGCACGAAAGCUCUAGAAAGGAACGAAAGC